AUAAAAAAAACUACAAUUCAUUAAGGAUGUUUGGAUACGGGAGCCCCAAUUUGUUUUUGUAAAUUCUACGCCUACGAUUUUGAUUGGAUACAAAGUCUGAAUACGGUGCGAGUGAAUCCUUGAUUUUAUUCACCACUACGUUUUUCGGAAUCGGAAUGAUAACAAAAAUAAUUCGUUUCGUGUUCGAUUAACGAUUCUUUCCUGUUCGCUUCAUGCAGCGUGUUUCGCCUUCGUUCAAUUAGCAUAAAAAUAAAUAUAUUUUUCUUCUGCUCUCCAUCACGGAAUUUACCCCCACUGAGGAUUUAAUUUUAUUCGGAAUGAUUCAAGUGCGCAAUUAGAAGACAAAAUUUGUGUUUAACAUCACUCCAGCUCCACAUUUCUGCUGAGUGUUGUGUCGUUUAAGGCAGGGCCGAUAUAAUAAUAAAAAAUACUCAACAAAACAAAAAACUUUACAUCACUUUCCAAAAGUUAUUUGAGGAUAAUCGAAAAACAAAAACAUUUUAUUUCUUAAUUCCAAAAGUGAUCUCAUAACCCAUAUUAUUGAAAUCGAAGUCAUCUUCCUAAAACCCCAAAAAAUAAAAACACUUGAUUUCUGAAACGAAAUAAGGUUUUGUCGGAAGAUUGCGUGAGAAAGUCCAUUCGGUUUCUCUCGAGAUAUUAUAAUAUGGCCAAGGGGUUCCAACUCACAGUCUCAGUAAAAUUGCAAUAUCAAGAAGUUAACAAUCGCCCAUUCAUCAUAAGGUACAGCGACCGUGAGCUAUUUAACGCCGAGCCUCCUUCAAACGAUUGGUAAAGAGACCUUGAACUCAGAACCAGAAGAUAACCAACCAGAGUGACCAGAUAAAAGGAAGCAGAGCAAAUCUUCUCAUUGAAAACAUGCAAAGUGGAAACAAAUCUGAUGGCGAUGAAGAAGCUGAAGCCGAGUCUUCAUCCUCGUCGUCGUCCGAGCCAACCACAACAACGGCUACUAGAAUGGAUAAUAUGGCAAAUGAAUUUCGUUCAGUUUUAGAUGAGUUUCGAGAAAAUUGGCAAAAAGAGCUUAAACCCGAAGACAAACCAACAACAAACAAAAAGAAUUCUUCGCUUAACCAAUCUCUCUCGCUCGAUAAUAAUACAAGCCCAGAAAUUCAAGCUCAAACUCUGUUCAAACAUGCUGUCGACCUAGAACAACGUGGUAAAGUUUACGACGCCUUGCAAUAUUAUCGACGAGCUGUUCAACUUGAUCCGGAUAUUGAAUUUAAAGCCUAUGAAGCGAGCAAAAUCCCCCAGCAAGUUGAAAACGAGGCAAAUAACAAUAAUGUUUUAAGUUCUGUGAGAAAAGUUGACGCCCAACCGGAUGAAGAAUCCGAGGAGCCAAUGGAAGAGGAUUUGUUUAUUCGUUUUCAAAAUGACAUAGCUAAGCAGGGAAGGCUCAUAAUGAGCAAUCGUGAUACAGGUGUCAUUUCAACUGAGAUGCACAUUUCGGAUUUGCCAACAGAGAUCCUAUUGUAUAUUCUUCGUUGGGUGGUAUCGACACAGCUGGACAUGAAGUCCUUGGAGCAAUGUGCUGCAGUUUGCAAAGGAAUUUAUCUUUGUGCUAGAGAUGAAGAAAUUUGGAGACAAGCAUGUUUGAAGGUCUGGGGUGUUAAUCUUGGAUGCAUCACAGGUACACCUUACGAUAGCUGGCGACAAAUGUUCAUUGAAAGAGAACGUAUUCACUUCAAUGGCUGCUACAUAAGCAAAACAACUUAUCUCCGUUUGGGAGAGAACAGUUUUCAAGAUCAAUUCUAUCGACCAGUGCAAUUGGUCGAAUAUUACCGCUACGUACGCUUUAUGCCCGACGGAACAGUCUUGAUGAUGACAUCUUCCGAUGAGCCGGCACAGGGAGUUACACGUUUGAAAAAUCUAAACCAGUUGCGUUCGGAAGUGUUGCGCGGACAUUAUCGUUUGCAUGGCGAUACAGUGACAUUGAUGUUGAAGAAAAAUCAAAGGCUUCCCAAGGGCGAACACUAUUACGGAGGAGGUGGAAAGCGUCGGGGUAGUGUUGCGCAAGGAAACGACAUUGACGCUAACUUUACUACUUAUUAUAUUGAAUUCAAUAUUGCGAGUACACCUAAGAAGCGAUUUAGCCAGUUGCAAUGGAAGAACUAUUCCAUUAUAUUGGUACGCAAUAAACGGGAGGUUUCAAGUGAUUUUGAGCUUACUCCUUCUAAGUAUCCACCGUUAAGAUUUUCCUGUGUGAGGAGCUAUCAUUUGGAUGCUGAAGCACCAUUGCAGUAAAUGUGGUAGCUUAAAAAUGCUUGUAGAUUUUUUUUAUAACUAUAUAAUUGUAAACCUAAAUAUUUGAAUGCUAUUAAAAAGUAACUAAGUUACAAAAUUGAAAUGUAAACUA